UGGCUGUUUGCUAAUGACGUCAUAUCUUGUGUUUCUAAACGUUUCCUAUCAGUUUCCAUUUGGGAUACUUGUAUCUGUCUCUUGUCAUCUCAACGAAAUGACAGCAAAUAAAAAUUAACCGGGUUACCUGUAAGAUGAAAAAAAACUCCCACAUCAUAACAUCUAUAACAGAGCCACUACUUAACAGAUGCAAAAUGGCUAAAGGUUUCUCAAAACAUAUUGUGAUUGAGCUCUGCUGGGCUGAGCAGCUCUGAUGUCAAGUUCACGCAAGUGCGUUUCCUCGAAACAUCCCAGAAUUCCCUCUACGACCCUCACCGCAUGUCGCGUAUCAGGAGCACACUGGAAACAGUCACCAAGGCUGUGAGCGGAUCGGUGAACAGCGAGAUCUUCUCCAAGAUCACGCGCCUCAAGCCCGGUGCCAAAACUCUGGAGGUCCAAGUCGAAUGUCCUGAGAAGGAAGCCGGGGCUGUUAUGACAGUGGCAGCAUCUGAUCCACCAAAGAUGAAAGAGAUGGAGAAAGACAUUGUGGAGCGGCAUAAAGAAGCUCCAAAGCCUAGCAACGUGGGGAACGCAUCUACCGUAGUCACCAAGCAGACCUUGCAACGUUUUCAGCCUGCAGCUUUUACCACAAACAUGGAUGAAACAUACAGUCACCUGGCCGAACACGUCAACGCUUACUUUGGUAGCGAAGACAUCAAGAAAUCGCAGCAGGGUAGAGGAGAUACGACCUUCUACGCAACUCAAAUUCAACCUGGUUCUCACUCCGGUGGUGGUCGGGACCACGUCCUCAUGGCAGCACCGGUAUCCCAUAAAUCUACACCAGAAACGCCCUCUCUUCCACUUGCCAAUGACAAGUGUGGUUCUGUUCCGAGUUCACAAGCGCCGUCUAAAGAGGAGGGGGUUUCAACCAUCCCCAUUUCUCCAAGAAAAGGCAUCAGUCAUUACUUGUCAUAUCCCAGGCCGAGUGUCCAGGCUUUUGUAGGUAACUACAUCACUCCACUGGUGCCAAAGUUUAAAGCAGAUUCAAAGGGUGGUGGCACAGUAGAGAAGGACAAAGCAUCGGGAUCAGAAACAACAGCAUCUCAGGAGUCAAAGAGUGCAGAAACCAAGGAGCAGAAAGAGACAGAGGAGAAAGCUAAGAAGCUACUGUCUCAAAGAGAGAAGAUUAUAGCACGUGUGAGUGUGGAUAACAGAACCAGGGCGUUGGUCAAGAGUCUUCAAAGAGUCACUGACGUAAAGAUCACCAUCAGCAGGGUGGAGGAACUGAGCUUUCACCUGCUGGAGUUUCCUGAAACCAGAGGAGUGGCGGUCACUGAGAAGGUCAUCCCUUGUCUUUUGCGAUUAAGGCAGGGUCGAGACCUCAGUCUGCAGGCCGCGGUCAGACAGGCUCUGGCUCUGGUGGGGUACAAUGACCCGGUCAAAGGCAGGGGGAUACGUGUCCUUUCCAUUGAUGGAGGAGGAACCAGAGGAGUGGUUGCAUUACAGGCUUUGCACAGAUUGGAAAAUUUGACUGGGAAACCUAUUUACCAACUCUUUGACUACAUAUGUGGAGUCAGUACAGGAGCCAUCCUGGCCUUUAUGCUGGGUGUAUUCCAGAUCCCUCUGGAUGAAUGUGAGGAACUGUAUCGAAAGUUGGGAUCGGAUGUUUUUAAACAGAAUUUGUUUCUGGGCACAGUGAAGAUGGGCUGGAGUCACGCAUACUACGACAGCCAGAUCUGGGAGGAGAUCCUUAAAGAAAGAAUGGGGCAUGGUCUAAUGAUUGAGACUGCCAAAAAUCCUAAAUGUCCCAAGGUGUCAGCAGUGAGCACCGUAGUAAACAAAGGCCUGCCACUGAAGGCGUAUGUCUUCAGGAAUUAUAACUUCUCGCCCGGGGUUCGCUCGCACUACCUGGGCGGCUGCCAGCACAAGAUGUGGCAGGCCAUUCGGGCAUCAUCCGCUGCUCCGGGCUACUUCCAGGAAUUUGUUCUAGGAAAUGACCUCCACCAGGACGGUGGACUCCUGAUCAACAACCCCACGGCUCUGGCCAUCCACGAGAGCAAGUGUUUGUGGCCCAACACGCCGGUGCAGUGUGUGGUGUCUCUGGGCACAGGUCGAUACGAGUCAGUCGGCAAAACCAGCUCCAGCACUUACACCAGUCUGAAAACCAAACUUACUAACGUCAUCAGCAGCGCUACAGACACCGAAGAGGUCCACACAAUGUUGGACGCCCUUCUUCCCCCUAACACCUACUUUCGCUUUAACCCCUACAUGAGUGAAGACGUCCCACUAGACGAGAACAAACAAGAGAGGUUGGACUUCCUGCAGGCUGAGAGCCGUCGCUACCUGGAGCGCAACGAGAACAAGUUGAAGAAAGCGGCCAAUGUGCUCGCUCAAGAAAAAGGUGUCGUACAGAAACUGGCCGAAUGGGCACAACUUAAAGCCGACUUGUACGACGGCCUUCCCUUUCUCUCUAAACUCUAAUACACAUCUUAAUCUGAUCAAACUCACAGUCUUAACCACACUAGCACCAAGAACCUUUUCCUUGUUUUGUCUUAUCCUUAGCAAGGAGGAUGGAGUUUAAUGGUACCAUAAAGUCUAUUGAAUCAAGCCUCAUAUGAAAGAGCAGAUAGGAUGGAAAAGCAUCAUCAGGUAUUAUUUUACUAAUCUAAAGACAGCGAUUGUUUACUUUGUCAAAGAGUAGUUCUUCACAACUCCGUCCAUGAAUAGUCGUUGUAUAUCUGUCUUGAGGCAUGAAAAUACCUUUGGGAAUAGUGACAGCAACCACUUGUAUUGUUAUUGUGACAAACUAGCAUUAAUCUGGAAUAGUGCACUUGUUAUGGUUGUACAACGUCUCUUCUUUACAAGGCUAUUAGCCGCUUAUUUCUGCACAGCAUGCAGAGCUGUUACGUGCGCAAAUUAUUGCUCGUAUGCAGUUAAAACCUUUCUACGUCACUUUACAUUUUUAUCCUAAGUGGGACGUUCGUAAUUACAAACCCUUUAGCUUUGUGUCAUACUGCAAAGACUUGCACAAAAAUCGUAUUAUUGCUUGUGUCGAAACCUGUUUAUGCCUUCAUUGAUCAGUGUGUCGAUUGGGAAAAUAAUAUUGAGGUUAUUAUCAUGCAAUAGCUUUUUAUGCUUGAAUGCUUCAGUUGCUUGUACAUAUUAAUUCUGUGUGCACUUGGUAAAAAAUAUCCAAUACAUAUUAUAAUUUAUUGUUUCCGUUCAAUUAAAGUGUAUAAAGUAUUGUAAAAUAUCAUUAAUAAUUGAGUUAAUUAUGUCAGUGUUGUAGAUGAAAUUUUAACAGCUCUCACAAUUCGAAAAUGUCAAAGCAUCUUUAAAGAGCACCUAUUUCAUUGCUAAAAAUUACGUUAUUUUGUGUAUUUGAUAUAAUACAAUGUGUCCGCGUGGUUUAUGGUUCAAAAAACACAUUAUUUUCUACAUACCGUACAUUUUUGUAGCUCCAGAUAUCCCUGCCUUCCUCAAAUGCUUUGAUUUCGUACAAAACUCAUUGAUUUGAAAAGCUUUGUGUCCCUGAUUGGCCAGCUAAUCUGUACGUUGUGAUUGGCCUGAAUACCUCUGAGGUCAGCAGGAAAUGUGACGCUCCUUACCAUGUUUGAAAGAUUCACUCACAAUGCAAUGCUAACAGAAGUUAUGAGAAAUUAUGUCGGUCUUGUCUACAUAACCAAUCCCAGGAAGUAAACCGUUGCCUACAAUCCGUGUGUUUGUUGUAGUCCAAGUAAAGAGAUUUACGUUGGAGGCUCUAACUCGUGUCAUCGUUUACUUUGGGGUUUGUAUCUUUUGCAUAUCGUAAACAUGUACUAAUACACACUUGCACACCAAAGGAAAUGUAAAAUCAUGAAUCGGACAAUAGGUGCUCUUUAAAGAUUUCCUUUAAACAAGGCAAAUUCUCCAAGAGAAAUAAAAGAUUUUAAAACCUC